AUGGCAGUGUUUCAGACCGCGGGAGCGUGGUCCAUGCGCAACCGCGGACGACGGAUUGGAUUGGGUGGCUUGGGGCGUUGGGCGGGUUGGCGGGUGGGCGCUUGCAAGGGUGUGGGUGGGGGAUUUGAUACCUACGUCACCCCCUUUCACCUCUUCCCCCCUCCCCCCCAAGAAAGGCUUUCCAGUACUUCCAGUACUACUACUACUACUACUACAUGA